GGCAGAGGAAAAUGUGUGUCAUUUUAAGAGCAAUGCUUGAAAUUUGCCUGUCAAUUUAUUUGUCCUAACAAGUAAGGUGCUAAGAGGGAUCCACUUAUUAAUGAGAUCCCAACUGCUUCGCCACAUUAAGUCUUUCUUUCCAAACUCCCUAAUCCCAGUGUCACACUGAACCAGCCAUGAAUCCUGUUGACUGGCUUGUCAGAAUACUGCUUCUUUUCUUUCUUUCUCAUCUCUCCUUUUCUGCUGACACCAUUACAAUAGAUCACUUCAUUAAAGAUGGCAAGGUCAUAGUUUCUGGUGGCAAGAUUUUUGCACUCGGAUUUUUCAGCCCUGGAAGUUCCAGGAAUAGAUAUGUUGGCAUCUGGUAUAAUCAGGUUUCAGAGAAGACCGUUGUUUGGGUGGCAAACAGAGAGAAGCCUUUAGAUGAUAGCUCAGGGAUCCUUUCAAUCGACAGUCGAGGAAAUCUUGCCUUGUUCCAGAGAAACCAAGCACAUCCUGUCUGGUCUACAAACGUCUCUAUCACAGGCACCGGGAAUUCUAUUGCCCAGCUUUUAGAUUCAGGAAAUCUUGUCUUGCUUCAGAAUGAUAGCAGAAGGGCGGUGCUGUGGCAGAGUUUUGAUUAUCCCACAAAUACUAUGCUUCCAUUCAUGAAACUUGGAUUAAGUUUCAAAACUGGUCUGAACCGAUUCCUGACGUCUUGGAAGUCACCAGAUGAUCCAGGAAUUGGAGAUUUUUCCUACAGGAUCGACCCCAGUGGGUUUCCUCAAUUGUCUUUGUACAAGGGUUCGGCUCUUUGGUGGCGAAGCGGGACAUGGACCGGGCAAAGAUGGAGUGGUGUACCUGAAAUGACAAGAAACUACAUAUUUAAUGUUUCCUUCGUUAACACUGAUGAUGAAGUAUCAAUCACGUAUGGGGUGACUAACGCCUCUAUCAUCACAAGAAUGAUAACCAAUGAAACGGGAAUUCAAGAAAGAUUUACAUGGAGUAAUCAAGCGCGUAAAUGGAUUGGAUUUUGGUCAGCCCCAAAGGAGCAGUGUGAUUUGUACGGCCAUUGUGGGCCAAACGGUUACUGUAACCCAGAUAACUCAGAUCGUUUCGAGUGCACUUGUUUCCCCGGAUUCGAACCCAAGUCACCCCAAGAAUGGUAUAUACGAAAUGGGGCAGGAGGAUGCGUGAGGAAGGGUAAUGUCUCCGCCACGUGUCGAAAUGGAGAAGGGUUCGUGAAGGUGGCACGUGUUAAGGUGCCCAACACUUCGGCGGCACGUGUGGACAUGAGUUUGGGAUUGAAACUCUGCGAGGAGAAGUGCUUGAGAGAUUGUUCUUGCGUGGCUUAUGCUGGUGCAUACUAUGAGAGCAAGGGAGGGAUUGGCUGCUUGACGUGGCACGGGGAUUUGGUUGAUGCAAGGACAUAUACAGCUGCGGGACAAGAUCUUUACAUACGGGUGGAUGCAGAUGAGUUGGCUCGCUACACAAAGAAAGGUCCACUUCAAAAGAAGGGAGUACUUGCAGUCAUCAUAGUUUCUGCUGCUGUAGUGUUUCUCAUUGUCGUCGCCUUUUUGUCUUGGUUGGUGAGAAGGAAAAGAAGAGGAAACAGAAGACAAAGCAGAAAUCCCUUUAGCUUUGCCGGAAGUUCAUCAUUGUUCGAAGACUCUGUAGAUGGAAAGGACAUUGACGAGAGCAGAAGAAACGCAGACUUACCAUUCUUCGAUUUGAGCACCAUAGCUGCAGCCACAAAUAAUUUCUCUUCUGACAAUAAACUUGGACAAGGUGGCUUCGGCACUGUUUACAAGGGUCUGCUCUUCAAUAGAAAAGAAAUAGCAGUGAAAAGACUAUCAAAGCACUCAGGGCAGGGAGUAGAAGAGUUUAAGAAUGAAAUUGUGCUAAUCGCGAAACUUCAGCACAGGAAUCUUGUAAGGAUCCUGGGUUGUUGCAUUGAGGGUGAAGAGAAGUUGUUAAUCUAUGAAUAUUUACCAAAUAAAAGCUUGGAUUCUAUUAUAUUUGAUGAAACGAAAAGAUCAUCGUUGGACUGGAAAAAGCGAAUCGAAAUAAUUUGUGGGGUUGCUCGAGGAAUAUUGUAUCUCCAUCAGGAUUCAAGGUUGAGAAUCAUUCAUAGAGAUCUGAAGGCCAGCAAUGUCUUACUGGAUGCUGCAAUGAACCCAAAAAUUUCAGAUUUUGGCAUGGCCAGAAUAUUUGGAGGAGACCAAAUUGAAGGAAAUACGAAUCGCGUAGUUGGAACAUAUGGUUACAUGUCCCCAGAAUAUGCAAUGGAAGGACACUUUUCGAUGAAGUCUGAUGUGUACAGCUUUGGAGUCCUGCUGUUAGAGAUCAUAACCGGCAGAAAGAACAGCGAUGAUUAUCCCGAUAGCCCGUCUUCAAAUCUAGUCGGGCAUGUUUGGGAAUUAUGGAAACAUGACAGAGCCAUGGAGGUCGUUGAUUCAACAUUAGGUGACUCGUGUCCUGCUAAUGAAUUCUUGAAAUGCAUCCAAAUCGGUUUACUGUGCGUGCAAGAACAUGCAACCGAUCGACCCACGAUGUCAACUGUUGUGUUUAUGUUGGGUAAUGAAACGGUUCUUGCUCCCCCGAAACAACCAGCAUUCAUCAUGAAGAAAGCUCGCAAAGGGGACGAGACAUGGAGUAGCGAAGGCACAAGCUCUGUAAAUGAUGUUACAGUCACCAUGGUUCAAGCUCGUUAGAGGAAUAUAUAGGCUAAGCUCUUGGAGAUUUAAGUACAGAAUAUGGAGCUAUAAGGUUGUAGCAGUCCUCCUUAGUCAGAACUUUAGCUAUCUCUUAACCUGAUUCAAACUAGAUUGUAUAUUUUUAUUUUUUUGUAUUUUCUAUGUACAAUAUUAGAAAUAACAGAAUAACAUAGGUAUAUUAUUGAAAAA